AUGAACAAGCCGCGAAGAAAAUAUAAAGAUUACGAUGAGAGCUUACUAAACAUUGCUGUAGGUCUCGUCGAAAAUAAAAAUAUUACUUCAUACGACGCUGAGAAACAAUUUGGUAUCCCUCGCCGCACGAUUUUAAAUAAAGUAAAACAAAAACACACGAAAAAAGUCGGAUGUCCCACCAAACUGCCACCAGCUGAUGAACAGAAAAUAGUCAGUUGUUUAAUUCUUUGUGGAGAAUAUGGGUAUCCUAUUACUAGCUUUGAAUUAAGAUCAUGA